AUGACAAAUGUACUUCAACAGUUAAAGAAAGAUUUAGAUGACGUCAACAAUGACCUAGAACUAGAGAGAAAGAAGAUCAAGACAUUGAAAGAGGAAAAUAUCAAUCUACUUAUCAGAGAAUAUGAAUAUAUACAGAAAAUUACUCAGUUGGAGGAACAACUUAAGACAAUCUCGAAAUGCUAUCUAUGUAACAGUGGCAACAACAACAACAAAGUCGAUACUAGCUUAAAGAGCGCAAGUUUUAAAUCAGAAAAUAAUACCUGCUCAAUACCAUCAAACGACAGUACAACACCAAUUACCAUGAAUGAAUAUGAAUAUAUAAAGCAACUGGAGAUGCAAAUUCACGAUUUACAACAAAAGGAGGAAGCCCGAAAAGAAAAGAUAGAUUAUUUCAAUCAGAAAGAACAGCUAAUAAGAAAAAUAACAUCAGCACCACCAACCAAUCCUAAUAGCCAUCACAAUAAAUCACCGGUGAAGAAAGGCUAUAUAGUUGCCCGCAAUAUCAACGAUACCAUGAAACUAAAAAAUCUUCAAACUGAUUCUUCGUCAUCAUCAACCGAAUAA